CAGCAUUCCCUUGUUAUAAGACUUCUCUACACAGGUGAACUCCUCAUCCCUCAACUCCCCAACGGGUCGAGGCUCCAUGGCUGCCCCAUCGCUGCACCCCUCCCUGGGACCAGGCAUUGGCUCUCCACUGGGCUCCCCUGGACAGCUACACUCGCCCAUCAGCACCCUGAGCUCCCCCAUCAAUGGCAUGGGCCCACCCUUCUCUGUCAUCAGCUCCCCCAUGGGCCCCCACUCCAUGUCGGUACCCACCACACCCACCCUGGGCUUCGGAACCGGCAGCCCCCAGCUCAACUCACCCAUGAAUCCUGUCAGCAGCAGCGAGGAUAUUAAGCCUCCCCUGGGCCUCAAUGGAGUCCUCAAGGUUCCUGCCCACCCCUCAGGAAACAUGGCAUCCUUCACCAAGCACAUCUGUGCUAUCUGUGGUGACCGCUCUUCAGGCAAACACUACGGGGUAUACAGCUGUGAGGGCUGCAAAGGCUUCUUCAAGAGGACGGUGCGCAAGGACCUGACCUACACCUGCCGGGACAACAAGGACUGCCUGAUCGACAAGCGGCAGCGGAACCGGUGCCAGUACUGCCGUUACCAGAAGUGCCUGGCCAUGGGCAUGAAACGGGAAGCUGUACAGGAGGAGCGGCAGCGGGGCAAAGACCGGAAUGAGAAUGAGGUGGAGUCUACAAGCAGCGCCAAUGAGGACAUGCCCGUGGAGAAGAUUCUAGAAGCCGAGCUGGCCGUCGAGCCCAAGACUGAGACUUAUGUGGAGGCGAACAUGGGACUGAACCCUAGCUCACCAAACGACCCUGUCACUAACAUCUGCCAGGCGGCGGACAAACAGCUUUUCACGCUUGUGGAGUGGGCUAAGAGGAUCCCGCACUUCUCCGAGCUACCCCUGGAUGACCAGGUCAUCUUGCUACGGGCAGGUUGGAACGAGCUGCUCAUCGCCUCCUUCUCCCAUCGCUCCAUAGCUGUGAAGGAUGGGAUCCUCCUUGCCACCGGCCUGCAUGUACACCGGAACAGUGCUCACAGUGCGGGUGUGGGCGCCAUCUUUGACAGGGUGCUAACAGAGCUGGUGUCCAAGAUGCGCGACAUGCACAUGGACAAGACGGAGCUGGGCUGCCUGCGUGCCAUUGUCCUCUUCAACCCUGACUCCAAGGGGCUCUCAAACCCGGCCGAGGUGGAGGCGCUGAGGGAGAAGGUGUAUGCAUCUCUGGAGGCCUACUGCAAACACAAGUACCCAGAGCAGCCGGGCAGGUUUGCCAAGCUGCUGCUCCGCCUGCCUGCACUGCGCUCCAUCGGGCUCAAGUGCCUGGAGCACCUGUUCUUCUUCAAGCUCAUCGGGGACACGCCUAUCGACACCUUUCUCAUGGAGAUGCUAGAGGCCCCUCACCAGGCCACCUAGGCCCUGGCUCGCCGUGCACCGGUCCUGUGCCCUGCCCGACACAGCUGCUCUGCUCAGCUCCAGUCCUGUCCCUGCCCUUCAUGCUGGCCUGUGCGGACCUUCGGAUGCAGUGUGUCCCUGUGGUCCCAAGAGAUGCGUCUCCAUCAUCGUCAUCUUUGUUACUGCAAACCUUUGGCCCAGGGCCGUGGCCAGAGCUGGUGUGAGACCCGGCCAGGUCCUGCCUCUCCACCCUAGGCUCUUGGGUCACCCUGUUGUCAUCCUGAGGGGCUUGGGGGUGGCUUGGGGGUGGGGGGUUGUCUUCAGCACCCAGAGCUGCAGGAGCUGGGAGAGGGGCUUGUUCUGGUUGCUGUUUGCUGUGUUUGGUUUACGACAUCCCCGUGUCGCACCUCUGUUUGGAGUGGCCCAUCUUCGCCUGCUCAGAGUCCUGGUGUCCAGCUAGUGUGGGAGCCCAUCCAGGGUCAAGAAGGGACAGAUGAGGGGGCAAGUCCUGUCUUAUUGCAAAGACCCAUGUCCCCGUGGGUCACAGCUACCCUGGAUAGCCUAUUUCCAAAGAUACCUUGAGACUGUGCCCCAGCCACUGUGCAGGGUUCCUGGGGCCAACUCAAGGCUGUGUGGGCUAGGGUUCCCUGUCACACCCCUCAGUGUCCUCUUUGUAUCAUUGCCCCUCACCAUGGGUCCCUAUCAGCCCAGGGGACAUCAACUGUGGUGCCCUGGUUUCCCUACACCAAACCUUCCAUGGUCUGCAAGAGGGUCUGAAGCUUGUCCUUGGCUCCUUUGCCCUGGCUCAAGUAGGAUUUCCACCUCAGUGGUCUUGUGGGCAAUGUGUGAGCUGUCCCAUGCUAGCAUCUUGUGAGGACACUGGACAUCCUGAGGCUCAGGGAGAACGGGGGUGCUGUCUGGUUUCCCCCUAGUGGAGGCCUGAGGGGCUUGUGGAUGAAUUAUGCAGGCAGGGUGAGUGUGGCUGACAUGCUAGGCAGUGUGUGGGACCAUGGCAUAGGCCCCUUCUCUGGCUACCCGGUUAUGCUUGGAAUGCUGACAGGCCUCGCUGGGGACCUCCUCCACUUGGUGUAUGUACCGUGGUCUGUAGAUGCUGUUUGUCCAGAGCCUUACCUGGGGGGACUCUGUUACACCUACUCAGGUGGCACAGGCCGUGGACUCAGGCUUCAGCUCCAUCCCACAUGGUUCACCGCAGACUCUGUGCCUCUCCAGUUGAACGGCCUUGUUAGCACCACAGGGUUCUCCCUGGGCCCCAGUCCUCUUCAUGAUCUAAUCUUAGCCCAGGGGCCCAGGUUUGUCAGGAGCAGGUGCGUGAUGGGGGAUGGGUGGGUGGACAUGAGAAUAAGGGCCAUGCUGCCUGCCCCAGUGUCUGGUCUCCUGUUGGUGUGGCGGGUGCAUACAGGGGGCCGGGGGGCUCAUGGGAUAACCUGUCUAGGAGGUUGGGGCUGGAGGCAGUAGCUGGGAGGAGCUAGUUCCCUGGGUUCUGCAGGGGAAGGACACAUUCAUUUUCUGCCUUCCCAAAGUCCCCAGCCACAGCUACCUGAGCUAUCUAUAAGAAAUACCUUCCUGCCUCCCUAUGGGGAGACACGCUGGGGAGUGGGGGCAGGGCACAUGCUGUUGCCAGGGCCAGCCAGCUGUCACUUCUAAACUCUUCUAGAAGGUCUGCGCAGCCUUUGGGGCAUGAUGACACCAGACAGGGAUACAGGUUCCCCAUUCCACACGCAGCACUGUGCUUUCUGCAGACAGAUACCCCAUUGCUCAUGCCAGUCCCAUCCUGUGCAGCACUCUGGGCCCCCCCGGACCAUCAGUGGCUCCAGCAGAGACAGUCCUUGGACUGGGCCCCUUGGGGAUGCCACCACGUCCAGGCCUGGCUGGCUGGCUGUUAGCAACAGAGGCUCCUGACCCCUGCACCCGGAAGGUGGAACCCAGGACCCGGCUGGCCUGUGCAACCUUACCUGCCACUGUUUGUUAUCCCAGGUUUCCCAAGGGCUUCCUGUCCCUUUAAAUCCUGUUGUCACUGUCUUUGAGUAGACGGUGCUGGGUGCUGUGUAUUUACAGGGGGAGGUGUGGACACAGUGACACCAGGGAGAGAGUUGGGAUGUUCAUUUAACCAGACCUUCAGGCAUGUUACCAAAUCUGGCUCAAUUAAGGUGUUUGUUUGUAAUUAUUGUGUUGUUAUUUGGGUGGGACAAUCUUUAAUUUUCUAAAGAUAGCACUAAUAUCAGCUCAUUAGCCACCCGGCGCCUGUCCCGGCCUUGGCUUGGCUGGGUAAAACAGCUACCACCAACUGCCACCAAAGGCCAUGUGAGUCCCACACUGCUGCUUCUGGGCCACUGUCCUCAGCUGUUACUACUUGCUUGGACUUUCAGACGGGGCUCCCGUGGCUGAGAAGCAAAGAUGACCACAGAGCCCAGUGGUUUGUGGUCACCCUGGAACCACAGUCUCUGGGGGAAUUCAGCCCCACACCAAGUUACAGCAUCCCCAAGGAUUCUGGGCUGACAGUCUGGUGACAGUACCAAGGGACACCUGAGCCCCUUCCCCUGGGACCCCAAGAGGCCUGGCUGGAGCAGGCAGCCAGUGGAUAAUCAGCUGAUGUCCCAUUGCAGAACUGGGGCGUGGUCCGUGUCCACGCAGGUGUGUGAACAUGAAUGUGCUGUACAGAGACCAACGCAGAAGCCGGCUUGUGCACCAGCGACAUGGAGGGGAUGCAGCGCAGUUACCAAUGUUUUGUGUUUCUUUUUAAUCAAGACUUUCCCAUUUUCCUGUAAAUUUGCUUCUUGUAAGCAAGUACCUAAGGCCCCCUCCUGUGGUAAAGUUGGGCUCGGGUGACUAUCUGGAGGCAGGUGAUGCAUCUAUUUUCAGAUGCCUGGAGCCGGCGUGUCCUGAUCUCUAGCCAUGCCUUAGCCAGGACACACGGCCACUGUUGGGGAGGAUACUGCGUCCACAGGGAGAAAAGGUAGAGAAAUGUCUAGCGCACCGGGAAAGGUAAAAGAAUCUAUUUUUGUACAAAUGUAAUUUUAUCCCUCAUGUAAACUGGAUGGUAUGGCGGUGGGACCUGGUUUCUGUUUGGAGUGUUGAGGGAGAGCGUCAGGAUAUCCUGUCAAGACGCCGAGAUGAGAUGGCAGAGGAGGCCCUUGCAAUGAGGCUGAAGAUUCAUGAGACCACCACAGAUGGACACGUCCUUUGGCGGGAGGGUGGGCCCGUGACCUUCACGGUUUUCUUCCCAUUCCAUGUGAUUUGCCCUGUCCUUGGUGCCUACUGGCCUCACCGCGCCUUGUCUGACUGUGAAAUGACUUCCCUGCGUAACUGCUCUCGGGACAUUACAGUGCAGACGCCUGGGGGGUUGAUGAACAGUGGUCUCAGGAUUGUAGAAAAGAAACAGAAAAACGUGAGAGGAAGAACAAAAUAUGAGCGUUUCAAAAUAUAUCUCCACUUAGUUCUUGUC